AUGAAUGAAAGAAGAAGAUCAAACUUGGGUCAUCGUACUCGCAGAGCCGAAGCAAUACAAAGAUUAUGGGCAAAUCAAACUCAGGAAAUACAGGCAUCAACAUCCGAAGGAAGCAGAAGAAGAAUGGUUCAAAUAUGUGCUGAAGAACCAUCAGAGCAACGUGCUGCCAGGCUUGAGGAUGUGCGAUUGCAGGCAAGGAGAUCUCGUUCUGUAGCUUCAGACCUACUACGUUCUCAACAGAAUGAACGCGACAAGAUGAGAAUGGCUGAAAGACGUCAACAAGAAGUAGCAGCCUCGAACAAGGAGCUGUGCUUAACAAUCACAUGA